CUUGCCCGGAAAUCCUGCUGCGAGUAGUGGAGCAGCCGCGUUCUCGCGGCGGAACAGGAAGUGCCUCCACGGGGGUAGAGAAAAGGUAGGCUCCGGAAGAAGAAACGCGUCACAGCCAGCGCGUCGUCGGGAGGACGUAGUGGCGUCGCGGGAGCAAAGUACGGCGGCAGCUGAAGCCCAGGACAAGGAAGGAGCCCCGCUCCGGAGGAGCCAAUCGCCAUGUCUGGCGCCGCCACCAUUGUGCAUGACCCAUCAGAGGCUGUGCCUCUGUGCCCGACCCUUGGCCUAUACUUGAAGCCUAUUGCGAAGGUGACAAUCUCAGUUUCGCUGCCUCUGCUGCCAGGUGGGGGUGGCGUGGGUGGGGGAGGCGCGGGUGGGGCUGGGGCCCGCGCUGUGUCCACAUGGGAGGUAAUGGAGCGGCUGAGGGCCAUGGCGCAGGCACAGCGGGCUCCAUUGUCGGCACUGCGCAUUGCACGGAGCUCGCCUGACCUGCUACGCUUUGAGGGUGAGCUGGAGGGGCGCACGCUGCUGGGUGCCGCACUACGCGGCCUGGAUGGUGGUGCCAUUAAGCUGGGCGGCUUCCCGGACCCAUUGCGCGUGCGCGCUGCCGAGUCCCGCACUGACUUCCCGUCCCGCCACGACUGGGACUCCUUCUUCCGGGACGCAGAAGACAUGGAUGAGUCCCUCCCUGGGGAGAGACCAGACACCGUGCACCUGGAGGGGCUGCCAUGCCGCUGGUUCGCCCCCCGUGAGAGUGGAGGUGGAAAUGGAGGAAGCGGAAGUGGUGCCACUACAGCAUCCGGGGGUGGGACUCCCGCUCCUGGCUCCUGGGACCGCCCCAGCGAGGAGCUGCUGCGCCAGGCCUUUGGCACAUUCGGUGAAGUCCGCCAUGUGGACAUCCCCAUGCUGGACCCGUACCGCGGGGAGGCUGCAGGACGCGGAUUCCAUGGCUUCGGCGCGUUUGGAGGGAGCUUGCACUUCGAGGCCUACGUGCAGUAUCGUGACUACGCAGGCUUUGCACGUGCCAUGGCAGCCCUGCGUGGGAUGAAGCUCAUGCUCAAAGGCGAGGAUGGCAAGGCCGUGGCCUGCAACAUCAAGGUGUCCUUUGACUCCACAAAGCAUCUGAGCGACGCAUCGAUUCGGAAGCGGCAGCUGGAGCGCCAGAAGUUGCAGGAGUUGGAGCGGAGGCGGGAGGAGCAGAAGCGGCGAGAGAGGCAGGCAGAGGAACGGCGCCGCGAGGAAGAGCUGAAGCAGCGCGAGGCUGAGUGCCAGGAGCGCGCUCGGAGGCGGGAGGAGAAGCUGCUGCGCCGGGAGCAGCGGCAGCGUGAGCGUGAGCGCCGGAGGGGCCGGCGGCGGCGCAAGGAGGAAGAGGAGGAGGAGCAGCGGCAGCUGCAGGGCCGCAUCCGGGAGGAGGAGCGGAAGCUGCUGUUGGCCCAGCGUGCUCUUCAGUCCAUCCGCCUAGUGGCUGAGCUGCUGGGGAGGGCUGAGGCGGCACGCCUGCGUCAGGAUGAGCAGCGUCGGCUGCAGGAGGCUGAGCUGCGGCGGGUGGAGCGAGAGAAGGAGCGUGCACUAGGGUUGCAGAGGCGGGAGCGGGAGCUGAGGCAGCGCCUACUGGCCCUGCUGCUGGGACGGCGCCCUGGGUCCAGAAUCAGCUCCGUGUGGAGCACAAACAACAGCUCUGGAAUUGGAAACAACUCAGGGACUGGAAACGGCAGCUCGGAGACAGGAAAUGGCACUGCAGACACCAGAAACAAUACCACAGGCGACCUGCUGCAGCCAGUCCUGGACAUCCUGCACAGCGUGACCGCCAUGGGCCAGGGGCCUAUACAUACUGAAGGCCACACCCUUGAUGAUGUCACAGCACCCACAGAAAGCUGCACCAGCGGUGACGCCCCCAACCAUCCUGCAACGGACAACGCCACACCCAAGGCCACGCUUGCGACGGGGCCACCAACCCAGCCGAGCACGGGCGACCCAGACCCCUCUGAGGAGCAUGACCCUGAGCACCAGACCCGCCAUGACCGGAAACAGCCACCGCUCCAGCACCGGAAGCGCUCAGGGGAGGGGGAGAGCGGGGCUGCGGUGGACCGCAGGGAGGAAAGGGAAUGGAGCCGGCGGGACCGGAAACGUAGCCAUAGCCGCCGCCAUAGCAGCAGCCGCCAUGGUGUGGACCAGGCCCGCUCAUCACGCUCGCGUUCCCCAAGGCGCAGGGGCGCCUGGCACCGGUGAGAGCCUAGGUACAUGCUGGGAGCCCACUUGGACAUGCCUAUCCACUCCCAACCCCAGGGCUGCCGGGAAGGCCCCGCUCCUCAUAUGCUGUCAGACUUGCUGUUUCCUCUAAUGGCCGCGCCUUCUCAUUCUUCUCUGUCCCCGGGGGUGCCCAGACUGAGGCUUCUGCGAAGCUGCCAGCCUGAAAGCCUUUCCCCCAAACUUGAAAUGACCUGUGCUAGUGUGAGAGCCCGUGCAAAAUAAAUCCCUGAUCUGUGA